GCCAUUUUCCUUGAAAUAUUUGAUGAACGCAUCACGUACGCUCUGCGCCGUCCAUUCCGGUUCUCCCUGGGCUUGUGAGCUCAUUCUGGCGGGUGGUGGGCUUUUUUUGGCGGGCAGGAUGGCAAGUGGGGGAGUGUGAAGAUGGUAGAAUGUUCUGGGGUUUGACCUAAAGGGAGACAGCAGAUGAGUCAAACCCAGGUCCCCAUUUCUCAGGAUCCUAGGGGCUCGCAUCGAGCAACCCCCCUCCGCAAUGCCUUCGAUUGCAUGCAAUUGUAUUUUAGCACUGGGAACCAAGAUUCAAGUCUAAUUAUUCAUGUGCAAGGCCCGCUGGAGAUUUCUGCCUAUUGGUUAGUCCGACGGAUUGUGGUAGAUGGCGGCGCAGCAUGAUGGCACGAGAAUUCCUCACGGCAGAAAGCGCCCCGCAGACAGCGACCCUGACGGCGAUCGGCCUUUGGCGAAAAGGUUCAACGACCUUCACAUAGAUCCUGUAGCAAUUUACGACCAUCGUACAUAUGCGCCAGGUACCGGUGACGAACCGCCAGGGUCACCUGACAUGAUGCUGCUGGAUGAUCAAAGCCACACGCUCUACGUCCAAGACCUCGAUCGAGAACUCGCAGAAGCCGACUUGCCGGGCGAUUCGGUGGUAUUUCUACCCGGCAUCGAGGAGAAAUUGGCAAGCGUACCCAGGUUAUUGCUGGUGAGCAACAAGGAGAGUUGCAAGGAGCUGAUUCCUUAUCGGGAGCCCGUGUCUCUCCUAGAGCCGAACAAAAAUAGCAACGUUAGAAGGGCUUUGAUUGAGACCAGGGAGCGGGCUAGGGCGAGUCAGGCGCGCGUGGCAGACGGUCUGCAGGCGUAUUGCAGGCGUCCCGAACUCCUCAUUAUGAGCCCGGUCUAG